AUGGAUACGGGCUUCCAGUUUUUCUCUAAAAAGGCAGAUAGCAAGAGCGUUGAUUCUUCUAAGUCAACCGACAAAGAGGAUGAUGUUGAAGUGGCUAGAAAUGCAGCAACAAAACAGGAAAUAAAACGUAUCCUGACUGAAGUUCUUUUGAAGGUGCAGAUAGUUCUGAGCGAAGAUAAUCUCACUGCUGAAGAUGACCACAGUAUUGCCGCCUUGAAUCUUAAAGUAUCACCAUCUACUCCUGCAAUUCUUACCCCUAAGGCUUCUGCUAAUGCUCUGGUUCCAGCCAAACCCAAAGAAGCCGAUUAUGAUGAUAAUAGUGGAAAAUCUUCUUCCAGUUCUCCUGGACAUGUGCUGGGUCUCGCUAAUUAUGCCUCUGAUGAUGAGGGGGAUGAUGAAAUACACAGUUCCAACUUACCGAAUUCUGAGGAAAAUCCUGUACUUCAGCAGCCAAUUACUACAAAGCUCUCUGAAGAUACUGAUGCAGUUAAUAAUGGCCCUUCAGGAUCAGAAAGUGAAGACCACUAUCAUAUGGAUAGUGAACCAGGAAGAAUGGAUUCAUACAGAGCCACAGCUAGUCAUAGUGCACAAGGUAGCAAGUUAAGUGAUAAUAGGGCAGAUAGAGAGCCAGCACAUGGUGAUGUUCGGCCUAUAUUAUCCACUAAGUUUGAUGCUGGAGUUGUCAAAGCAGAGAUUAAUAAUGAUUGUAAGAAAGAGCUAGAUGGCUUGAACACUUGUGCACCAGAGAAUGGUAUAGGAGAAAUAGUUGAUAUGAAGACUGACCUGCCCGGUCAAAGCUGUAAUACCAAAAAGGUAAUAACAGAUGACUCUCAAGGUAUAGGUACCAGAAAUAAACUGGAUAAGAAUCUUAGACGUGAAAGUAAAAGGAGUUCUGCUGGUAAGGAACAAACGGAUGAGAAGUCAGAUGAGAACGGUAGGAUGCAGGACGAGAUACAUUUAAAAAAUGAAAUAACAGAUGAUCAAAAUGGUUUAAAAAGAGAGAAUGAAAGAGGAAGGUGUUAA